GUAUGUAUUUUCAUCGAAGGUGAAUGGUGAUUUAUACGUUUUCUGUGAAAGUCAAGUUUUUUUUCUUGAAAUUUAAAAUAUGGAAACAAACAGGAGGUCCUCAUCGCCGGAGCCCAGGUCCAGCCCUGGUCGGGGCUCGAACUGCUGGCCGCGGCGGUGAGCGCCGUGCCGUGUCCAGGCCGCAGGGGCGACUUCACGUCCAGCCGAGUGAUGCUGUGUCGGCGCGGCGCCAGCUAACCGCCAGCAUGCUGAUCAAGGAGUACCGCAUCCCGCUGCCCCUCACCGUGGAGGAGUACCGCAUCGCGCAGCUCUACAUGAUCGCCAAGAAGAGCCGCGAGGAGAGCAAGGGGGCGGACAGCGGCGUGGAGAUCAUGGUGAACGAGCCCUACGAGAAUGGACCCGGAGGCUGCGGCCAGUACACGCGCAAGAUCUACCACGUGGGAAGCCACCUGCCAGGCUGGUUCAAGAGCCUGCUGCCCAAGUCGGCGCUCACCGUGGAGGAGGAGGCGUGGAACGCCUACCCCUACACCAAGACGCGCUACACCUGCCCCUUCGUGGAGAAGUUCUCCCUGGAGAUAGAGACCUACUACUUCGCGGACAACGGCCACCAGGAGAACGUGUUCAGCCUGUCCGGCAGCGACCUGCGGAACCGGGUCGUGGACGUGAUAGACGUGGUGCGGGACCAGCUGUUCGGGGCCGACUACGUCCGCGAGGAGGACCCCAAGGUGUACACCUCCCAGAAGACGGGGCGGGGCCCCUUGUCCGACAGCUGGCUCGAGGACUACUGGAGGGAGUGCAAGGGCAAGGCCAUGCCGCUGCCAAACGGCAAGUCCCUCAUGUGCGCGUACAAGCUGUGUCGGGUGGAGUUCCGCUACUGGGGCAUGCAGACCAAGUUGGAGAAGUUCAUCCAUGACGUGGCGCUGAGGAAAACGAUGCUGCGCGCGCACCGGCAGGCGUGGGCCUGGCAGGACGAGUGGCACGGCCUCACCAUGGACGACAUCCGGGAGAUCGAGCGGCAGACGCAGGAGGCGCUGCAGCGCACGAUGGGCGCGGGCGCGGAGGAGGGGGAGGCGGGGUCCCGGGGGGAGGCGGCCCAGGCCCAGGAAGGGGGCGGCACGCCGCAGGACCCCGACGCGGUGGCCAAGACGCUGCAGGCGACGCUGGGCAGCAUCGAGAAGACGGAGCUGGAGAUGCCCAGCCCGCCGGUGGCGAAGAAGUGCGAGCCCGCGCUGUCGACCAGCUCCGAGGGCGAGGGCAGCCCCGAGGACUCCCCCACCGAGACGGCCGCCAGCGCGAGCAGAGGCGUGGCUCGCAGGCUGCCCGGGGACGGACGCAGCGACGCCAGCAGCCGGCGCAGCGUGUGGUCGCGCGCCGACUCCAGGCCCGCCCCCUCCCCCGGCCUCGCCGCGGGCAGGAGCUUCGACCUGCAGGUGGCCAACUGGCGCAUGGAGAGCAUCGUGCGCGACUCCGACUCGGCCAGCGAGGAGGAGUUCUUCGACUGCCUGGGUACGUCCGCCCAGGAUGUCGGAGAUUCGUCCUCCCUCGCCAAGUGGAGCUCCCUAGAUCUCCUGACGGAGGAGGACCUAGAUGCAGCAUCCCCGCUGACUGACGGCGACAAGCAAGACAGUAUCUUCUCGCAGACGUUCCUGCAGUGCGUGAUGAGCGAGCGAGGCCGGCCGGCGGCCAGCAUCGACAUGUCCUGCCCCGGCUCGCCCUUGAACACUGCCGGCUCGUGCAAGACCACCGCGCUGCUCCUGGUGCUCCACGCGGGCAGCGUGCUGGAUGCCAACGUGGAUUUGGUGGCGAAGAAGUCGGACGUCACGACGUUCCGCGGGGCGUUUGAGUCGGUGGUGAGGCAGCACUAUCCUUCGAUGGUCGGUCGCAUCGCCAUCCGGCUGGUGUCGUGCCCGUCCGUGUGCACGGAGGGGCUCGGUGUCUUGUCCAGCCUGAGCCCGUACAGCUUCGACGUCUCCCCGUCCUCGAUGGACGGCCCCCACGUCACCAACGACUCCAUCCCCAUCGGUGCCAUCCCCCUGUUCGCCACGUCGUCGCCCGAGUACCUGGACGCCGUGUCCCGGGUGGUGGCCGCCACCAACGGCGCCCACCAGGAGUUUGUGAGGUCGGACGAGGGCAAGGGCUUCUGCGGCCAGGUCUACCUCGUGGGCGACGGGGUGGGCUCGAUCCUCGCGUACGACGUGCUGUGUCGAGGGCAGCAGUACCAGUCGCGCAACGACAGCGAGAACAGCAUCCUGGACAACGCAGACGAAGCUGACGUCGACACGCGACACCUGUUCGCGCCCGUGUCUCGCAGACGGUCCUCCUCCACCAGCGACCAGUCUCAGCACUGCAAGCUGGACUUCGAGGUGAGCGAGCUGUUCAUGUUCGGGUCGCCCCUGGCCAUCAUCCUCGCGUUCCGGAAGACUUCCUCCUCGGACGACAAGAACAGUCCCAUCCCGCGGCCACAGGUGCAGCAGGUGUACAACCUGUUCCACCCCACGGACCCGGUCGCCGCGCGGCUGGAACCCCUGCUGUCCGCGCGCUUCUCCAUGCUGCCGCCCGUCAACGUGGCGCGCUACCAGAAGUACCCGCUCGGCAACGGCCAGCCGUACCACCUGCUGGAGACGAUCCAGACGAACCCGCAGAUGUUUGCGGAGGGCAGCAACAUGCUGGGGACGCCCGGCUACCUGCGCCGCAUGUCCGAGGUCAGCAUCCAGAGCACCGUGUCCGGGGUCAUCGACGCCCUGCCCCUGCAGACCAUCAACGCCCUGACGCAGAAGUGGUGGGGCGCCAAGCGGCUGGACUACGCCCUGUACUGCCCGGAGGGGCUGGCCAACUUCCCCACCAACGCCCUCCCGCACCUCUUCCACGCCAGCUACUGGGAGUCGUCCGACGUGAUCGCCUUCAUUCUGCGGCAGCUGGGCCGCUUCGACUCCGGGCCGCUGGCUCGCCACGAAGAGAAGGAUGCCGCUCUUUUCAACCCCUCGCAGCCUCGGGAGAAGUGGAUCAAGAAGAGAACGUCCGUGAAGCUGAAGGUUGGUUCUCUGAACGUGGCUCCGAACCACCGAGCCAAUGACGUGAUAGUGAAGGAAGGGUCUCCGCAGACAGUGACUGCGCGCUUCAUGUACGGCCCGCUCGACAUGAUAACGCUCGCAGGCGAGAAGGUUGACAUCUACGUGAUGAAGAACAUCACGGCGCAGGAGUGGACGCUGGUCGCCACGGAGGUGACGGACAAGAACGGCAGGAUCAUCUACACCUUCCCUGAGGACAAGACCCUGGGGUACGGCAUGUACCCCAUCAAGAUGGUCGUGAGGGGCGACCACACGCUGGUGGACUUCUGCAUGGUGGUGGUGCCGCCGCAGACUGAGUGCGUGGUCUUCAGCAUCGACGGCUCCUUCACCGCCAGCGUCUCCGUGACGGGGCGGGACCCCAAGGUGCGGGCGGGCGCCGUGGACGUCGUCAGGCACUGGCAGGAGCUGGGCUACAUCAUCGUGUACAUGACGGGGCGGCCGGACAUGCAGCAGCAGAAGGUGGUGUCGUGGCUGGCCCAGCACAACUUCCCGCACGGCCUGGUGUCCUUCGCAGACGGCCUGUCCACCGACCCGCUGGGACACAAGGCCGCCUACCUCCGCACGCUCAUACAGGAGCACGGACUGGUGGUGCACGCGGCCUACGGCAGCAGCAAGGACGUGAGCGUGUACACAUCCAUCGGCCUGAAGCCGCGCCAGAUCUUCGUGGUGGGCAAGGUGUCGAAGAAGCACCACGCGCUCGCCACGGUGCUGCAGGACGGCUACGCUGCCCACCUGGCGCAGCUGCUGUCGCACGGGGGGUCGCGCCCCGCCCAGGGCAACGCCCGCAUGGUCAUCCCCCGGGGCCACCUGGGCCUGUCGGGCCAGAGCACGUCCCUGCGGCGCCGCAGGUCGGCCAAGCGGGCCACCUCGUACCCGCUGAUGGGCGGCGUGGGCUCGGGCGAGCCGGGGGCCGGCACCCCGCCCCCGCGGCCCUCCCGCCAGAUGUCCGCUCGCCUGCCGUCGCUGCCGGGGGACAAGCUCUGACGACUGCGGCGGGGCUGGUCCUCCUCCGCCACCCGCCAGUAGCCCCGGGGACCCUCUCGCCGUGCCGGCGUCGCCCGCAGCGUGCCCGGUAUCUGCUUGCACACCCAAGACUUAUCCGUGUGUUCUCACCAUCGUUCGGAUCGGCGCGAGUGCACGGCGCACCAGGUCCUCGUAGCUCCCGGGUGCGUUGUAACCGUGUGUCUUCCUCGCAGAUGCUCGGGCCCCUGCAGUCCGUGCAACAACCGUCGGCCGCCCACACGACACGACCACGCCCGCGCGCAGGAUUGUUAUAUCUGUCGUCAGCUGAACAAACUGUUACUGUACACGAAACAUGACGCUUAUCAGUGUGUAAUUAACUGUAUUUUAUCGAUAAGGUGUCGUGUCUAAUAGAUUUAAGCAAUGUGCUGUGCUAUACUUAAAAAGAGUCACCUGCAGUGUACGUGUGUCCCACUAGUCACUUAGUCUCGCCUCGUUGUGCCACGUUGCGAUGUCGUUUGUGGCAGUCACGUCGUUAUUUCCUCCCAUUCCAAGGCAGAAACAAUCUCGGUCAGUGCCACUUUACCAAUUUACAACGUGGUGGACACUCUUUGAGUGCCUAGGGUAGGGUUUUUAUAGCAAUAUUUCAGAAGAGAUGGAUGCUAAUCUUUUAGCUCCAUGUGGAGCACUAGAACAUGGCAGUGUUGAUAACUUCAGGUGGCCAAACUUACUAAAUAAAUCAUUAUCAUUCUGUUUUAGAGUCACUGUUUGCCAGACUAAAUAUGAAAUAACUAAUUAAUCUUGGAUGGGGAGCCAGGGGGUGUUUCUCCUCCUCCUAGCAUGAUUAAGACUCACCAUCAGUAGAAACAAGUUAAAUGGGUUUCUACCGAUUUCCUUGCAAACACAGGGCAAGGAGCUGUAGUAAGAAAAUUUGUAACCAAUCAUCACAAAAUUUUGUUCUAAAUCAAUUUUUUUGAACAAAUAAUAAUGUUCUUCCUUUUCUUAUUGUUAAUUAUCAUAUGGUACCAUGGACCCUCCUCCCCUGUGAAAUAAAUUGAAUUUUGAAAAUUUUUACCCCUUGAGCUAGAUAUGCUUUUGAUUCUAACCCUGUUCAUGCCAUCAAAUUUUAUAAUCAAAUAGCAGAAGAGAAAAUAAUUAUGGACUUUUAUUAAUGGGUUGUAUGUAGGAAAUAAUUCUUUUAAAAAUUCAACAAAACUGUAAUGAUUUUAGAAUUCAUUAAGUUAUGAUUGUCUUGAAGAAGUUUUGGUCCCGGGAAAACAUUGCGAGAUGUUCUUGCUGGAGUUCACGCACUCUUUUUGCUACUGGGUGUGGGUGUGUGUGUGUGUGUGUGUGUGUGUGUGUGAAGGGGAAGGGGGGGCUAGCAGGUAUCCUACUGGACUAGAGCAGCACGUACGUAGACCUAUCAAACAGUCACACACUCCUGAGGUUUUUUUCAUGAAGCAGGUCAUCAUUUGUUAGCAUUUUGGUAUUUUCGGCUUAUUGUUCCUUGCUGUGUUGAUAUGCAUCAUGUUAAGCAGUGUUCCACAUAAGUAACAAAUUUUGCAUCCCUUUCGGCUUAAAAACCAUAAUUUUGUUAGUGUGUAGCUGUAAGUGAAACAUGAAUUAAUUUUUUUUUUAUCCAAAAGACAGUAUUCACUUGACACGCUGAGUAGUUUCUAGUCUCAAGGCUACGUCCUCGGCCAUGUUUGAAUGGUGUGUGCUUGCCAGUGUGGCACAACAGGCGAGCGAUUGUCUUGAUUGUUCCUUGUUGAUGCGUUGUCACUAGCCUCUCUGUUGGCCCGAGAAGAAUCGGCACUCUCGCCCCACCUUAUUUAUUUUUAAAAUAGUUGUUAGCAGCAUAGGUGGUUCCAGUUGUCAGAAACUAUGACUAAGAUUAGUUUGUAAGAGUUUAAAUAUAUUUCUGCAAGUAGCUCCAGGUUGAUGAAUGUUAGGCAUCAUCUUUCUCGUCUGCAAGAUAUUUAGAAAUUAUUGUGGGACAUCUCAGAUUGUUUGUUUCUUAUUUUAGUCUGGAAAUUUUUUUCUACUUUUCAUUUUUUUAUACAAAUGUGUUAUAAUAGCUUUUGAGCUCGAAAUGCUAUUAUGAUAAUUAGCACUAAAAGCUCUAAAUACUGUUCCGUGCUUAAUAUCCCUUAAAUACUCAUAUGAAUAGUUUUUUCGCAUUGUAUGUGGCCAAUUAUUUUAAACUGAAUUCUUGUCAAAUUUGUUAUUGUAACAAAUUCUGAAAUUGUUUACAGCAAAGCAGUGGGAAUAGCAUGUUAGACGAGGCCCGUCCUGUAAGUGUGACUGGGCGAGGGAUGAUAGUGUGGUUUGGGGGCUUCUUCCCCAGAAAAAUUUUAGAAAAUGUUAGUGAAAAUAUGAUUGUAUAUUGUUGUUACUUUCAAAUUUUUAUUUAAAAAAACAUACUUAAAUGGGGGUUUAGAACUAAAAUAAUUCCCUGCAAUAAUAAAGACAAUAGUCUCAUUAUUUGAUAAUAAAAACUUUUAUUUUCCCUGAAUGUGUAAAACAUACACACAUUGCGUAUUAAGUUUUGGCAGAACAUAAAAAUUUACAUUUUUAAGCUUAAAUUUGCAACCAUGUAUUUCCUGCAAAUGCAGCUCAAAAACUUUUUCUGCAUAAUAGUGUGCACAUAGUAGAUUAAUAAGUCUUCUGAGCAUUUUGUAAGUAACAAUCACAACUAUGUAAUUUAUGUGUGUAUUCAAAAAUUAAUACAGCAACAAAACAAUAGAUUUGUUGAAAAGAUAAAAUGUUACAAAGUACCUACUCUAAAAUUGACUAUUAUUCAAUGUUAUUGUUUUAAACAAUUUGAAUGUUUUCCAUCUUACCUUCUCAUCCUUCCAAAAAUGUGUUAGUAAAAUCCAGUGUCACAGAUGUACGGCCGAUACCGAUAAUAAAUUGCAUGCCACUGUUGAUAUUUGUAAAAAAUUACUUUUCACGCAUUUAUGAACCGAACAUAAAGCAACAGUAAAAGCUAAACGGAGUUCAUGCCUACAAAUUCCAAACUUGCCAUACUGCAGUGAUGGAGUGGGGAGGGGGAAACAGUUGGUUUAGCCAGACUGCGUGAGCAGAUCACCUAGACAGUACAUCUCUGUGCAGUGUACUUGCAUCAGGAGCACGUUGGGGGCGCUCAUACCCAGGGUCGUCGAGAGAAACUGAGGGCACAGGAGGCCCCCCCCCCCCCCCCCCGGUUGUACAAUUGCAAUAUUUAAAAAAAAAAAUCCAACUGCUAAGCGUCAGAGUAGCUAUAACUGCUUGUAUCACAAGGUCAACAAUAAAGCAAGGGAAUUCUGUCGUAAUUAAUGUCGUACAGACAGGCGGUAUAAUCUUUGUUACAGCAGCUUUGUUAAUGUUAAACCUGGUAUAGACAAUAUUCCACAAUCCACAUGUGUAAAUGUAGUUGGUGGUACUGGACGAUUGCCCGCCUAAUGCAUCGCCGCAGUGGUGAAGGUAAAAUAGAUAACAUUAAUUUUGUUUUAAAAUUGUGGAGUAAUUGUUCAAAAAGUGACGGUUGAACUGGAAUACAUAUACAAUGUGAAAAAAUGUUCUGUAAAUGUUGUAUUGUUUGUGUUUGUGUUUGUGUAAGUGAAUUGAGUUACAUAUGUUUCAAGUGUAAAAAGAGAUCUGCACAUUCUAUGAUAUUUUAUUUGUGAUUUAUGAAUAAAAGCUGUGUGCUAACCUUUUUGCAAUUCCCUCGUAGUGCAUUAAUGGACUGUUCAACAGGCCUAAUGUCAGAAAUGUCGGCAGUGAUCGCAAGGUGAGCUAGAAUCGCUUAUUAUUCUCGAGAGCUAUGCAACUCUUUGCAAUAGUACCAGUGAGGUUGUGGUUGAAAUCUAAAAUUGUUGAUAUCAUUAAAGUAUAUUUUUAUCUUGUAAAAAUAGUGUGUUUUUCUUGAUAAAUUUGUUUAGUCUAGAAGAAAAGUAGAGUUCAAUUCAAAAGCGUACUCUUAUAUUUUAGGCAUGUUUAUUCUGUGUAAAUGUUGUUUUGUAAAAUAUAAAUGUGGUUCCUAAUUACAAACUGGAUUCAGCUGGAAACUGAUGAUGGUGGUUUGGAAUUAUGUGUAGGUGUCAUCAGUGUGUAAAGUGUAUAUCAGUUGGUUAAGAUAUUUUCUUACAGCAGAAAAAAAAAAUUUAAGAACUUAAUACUGAUAUUGUUAUAAAGUGUUGAAUUUGUUGAGUGUUGAUUUAUUGUUUGUAUAGAAUAUAAUUGACUGUUGACCAGAGUACAAUGUCUUUUUAUUAUUUAUUUGCAGUGGGAAAUUUGCAAAACUGAAAAGAAAGAAAUAUCUUUUUUCCCAUUUGUUCACAACUCUGUAUUUUUAUGUAUGAAAUGGAAAUACAUAUUUACAGUGCAAGUUUGUUC